UUUCACGGGACUAUUUGCGACAUUGCGAAAAAAAAUUGAUGCAGUCCCGAAUUCUCGAUGUGUUAUUCCGUCUGAAUGCAUACGUUUGAUGACACCAGGUUCAAGAAACGUUUUCUUUGAUGUAAAGUCUUUUGUAUUGGAUGAAAUCCGAAAAGAUUAUAUAAAGACGGGCAAAUGCAACUUUCAAAUAGCCAAAGAAAGUUUCCUCAGCACCACGGCCUCGUUUGCUCUUCCGAAAAACAGUCCCUACACUCAGAGCAUAAGCCAAGGACUAUUGGAACUGAUGCAGAUUGGCCUCAUCGACCACUGGGACAGUUGGUUCCGCCCCAUGCCUCCUCAAUGUGAUGGUAAACCCAAAAGUGGAAACAAGACAAAGACUUCGCCACUUUCUCUGAAAAAUUUGACCGGUGCAUUUCUAGUUUUACUUGUUGGACUGAGCCUUUCGAUUUUAGUUUUCCUCAUCGAAAAAAUCGAUUCUGUCUCUAAAUGUCGUCGCAGUCGCAUUGGGAAUUAAGGUUGCAACGAGACUAAAAAAAUUACAAAUUCGUGUAGGUGUCGUAAGAUUACAGAAGAAAAAGAACCCCCGUUUAUCCUUGGAAUAGUAUAGGUUGUAGGUAGAAUUCAAACUCGCACACAUCUGAUACAUGGGGACGAAACAU